AGUCACGUGACCUACUCUCGCCUCAGUCACACGUGCCGCCUGCGUACUAGUCACGUGACCUAGCCUCACCUCACGGAGCACACAGCCGCUGUAGUGAGUAGUGAGAUCACGUGACCUGCCUACCCUCCCUCCCGCCGGGUGGUGGGGUGGGGAGGGCAGAGGGGUGGGGUAGGUCGUCAGAGGACGGAGCGGGCUGCGCGCUCGACACUGCGACCGGCCGGCUCGUGGUAGGCGGACGUGGAGAGCGCUACUGGAGGCCACUGACCUACGACACAACUCUCGUUGAGAUGGACAGCGAACCCUGGACGGAGAAGAUGUGGGGCGGACGGAAGUUCUGGGGCGUCGGCUCGGAGUUCGACCCCUGGUGGACCCUGAAUGAGAAGCAGAAGAAACUGCAGCAGGACCUGAUGGAGAUUUGCAGGACGAAAAUCCGACCGCAUGCCAUCUACUGCGACAAAACGUACUCGUAUCCACGUGAGUCUCUGAACGCGAUGUCGGAGCUGGGCCUGCUGGGCCUGCUGGUGCCCAAGGAGCUCGGAGGUCUGGGAGAGAGCCACCGCUGUGCCGCCAUGGUGGUGGAGACGCUGGCCAGAUACGGGUGUCCCAGCACCGCCAUGGUUUACACGAUGCAUCUGUGUGCGACGGCGGGUCUUCUGUUACGUCAUCACAACAGCGAGACGAUCAAGGACAUUCUGCGCCGACUGGAUAAGGACAAACUGGUGGGCACGCUCUCAUACAGUGACCCCGCUACGGGCGGCCACUUUUGGUUCCCGCUCUCCUCCAAGUGUCACCAGCUGGACGAGAAUCACGUUAAGCUGCUCAAGUACGCCUCGUGGACCACAUCGUCAGGAUUCGCCGAUUUCUACGCCAUCCAGACUGUCAGCCCGGGGAAGAAGCCCGGAGACUUCUCCGACCUCACCUGCUUCCUCUUCUUGAAGGACGAGGUGCGCGCCAACGCCGCUGACUGGCAGUCGCUGGGAAUGCACGGGAACCAGUCGGGGCCUCUGAUCUGUGAGGGCGUGCUGGAUGUCAGCCGACGCAUCGGACCCGUCGGCGAUGGAUCCAGGUCAAACGACGAAACGGUCGAUCCGUUCUUCCUGCUGGCUUCGUCUUGCUGCUGGAACGGCAUCGCCCUGGCCUGCAUCGACUUGGUGAAGAAACAUGUCACCAGGAAGGCUCAUGGUGACUUGGGCAUACGUGUCUGCGAUUAUCCCACCAUUCAGGACUAUUUUGGCGAGAGCGUAUGCGACACCAACUCGGUUCGGCUCAUGGCCAUGUCGAUAGCUGAGGCGCUGGACAUGGCCACAGAAAACAACAGCUGGGACAAACACGUCCACCUAGACUACUUGCCACGCGCCAAAUUUCUUCAGUGGCUGUGGCAGCUGAAGUUCGCGGCGGCCAAGAAUGUCAACACCGUGACAGACACUAUGCUACACGCGGCCGGCGGCUCCGGAUACAAGACGGACUUUGGUCUGGAGCGCCUGCUGCGGGACGGAAAGGCCGGCUGGGUGAUGGGACCGUCCAACGAGGUUCUCCGCCAGUGGGUCGGAAAGACGGUCCUCCUCGGCAUGGAUGCCACCGACUACUGGGCGCAGCAGGUCAACCACCGCGCCGUGCACCACGAGGUGCAGAAGAUGACUACCGAUCAGAAGGAGGCGCUGGUCGCCCAGCUCCAGGAGGACGUCCAGAACAGUCGCAGGAGUGCCAGGGAGGCGGCAGAGAAGAACACAGAGGAGGAGGAGGACUUUGAGAACCCGUUCAGCACCGCGCCGCCCCAGUAUGUCGACAAGCCUCUAACUCUGCAGGGUCGGGAGUGCACCCCCGGUCUCCGCCCGGACACCUUCACGCCGAUGGCACUGCGCGAGCGGAAAACACUCGGAGAUAAGAUGGAAAUGUUCACCUUUGUCUACCCGGAGCCGGACAAGCACAGCGGCUGUCUGGCCGGACAGUAUGUCAAGAUCCGGAUCCACCCGGAGGGCCACCCGGUCCAGGAGCGGUACUUUUCGCCCGUCUCCCGACCCGACCAGCCCGACGAACUGGAGAUCAUCAUCCGGUUCGAGACGACUGGCAUCCUCUCGCAGCACUUCAAACAACUCAAACCCGGUGACACGGUCGAAGUGCAGGGCCCGUGCGGCGGGUUCGAGUACCGCGCCAACACCGUCGACCACCUGGCUCUUCUGGCGUCGGGCGCGGGCGUCACCCCGGCACUGCAGCUGAUCAGAACGGUUAUGGCUGACCCGGAGGAUAGUACGCAGGUGACACUGCUCUGUUUUGCCGAGACGGUGGACGAUAUACUGCUGAAGGACGAGCUGGAUCGCUACCAGGCCACGGACAAGCGUCUUCAGAUCCUGUACUCGCUGGGUGAGACGCCCGAGAACUGGGAUGGCGAGGAGGGCUUCAUUGACAGCGACAUGAUACAGAGGAUGGUGGCCAAACCCAACGGACGGCGCUGCAAGAUUGUGCUAUGCGGCGGCCCCACGAUGGUCAUCUCCACGCUCAGUUCGCUGCGACAGCUCAAGUACCCGGCGCGGGAUAUCUUCGUGUACGGCCAAUUCGGCGUGGAACAGGUGCGCAUGGUGUACGGCCGGUAUGUGGAACUGUCCGGGCACAAGUCGGGGUGCGCCGUCUGAACUGGAGUGUAGCUGAGAGACCCUGGAGGAGCUCUGGAAAAGUUUGGAGGAUCUGAUGAAUCUGGAGAAGAUCUGAAGAUAGGUACUGCAGAAAUUCCCACAAGUUCAAGCCUUGUGGGAAUCAGAGUCAGGAAAAAAAAUGAAAAAGUGAAUGAAGUGGAGAAACUCCGAAGGAGCUUUGGAGAAAUUAGAGAAGUUCUGGGGAAACUGGAGUAACUCUGAAGAAAGGUUGGAGAAGUAAGGAAAUCUCUGGACAAGUUACGCAUUAUGGAGAAGCUGGAAAUUCUCUGGAGACACCAAGAACGCGGGAAAGUCUUCUGUGCUUUCUUUGGAGAAGCUGCUUUGCUUUGGAGAAGAGAAGAGACGAGAGCAAAAGAGCUUUGGAGAAAAGAAGGGAAUUUUGGAGAUGAAAAACGAGACUGAUGCUGGUGUUGGAGAACCAGCUGAGCACGUGAGCGUCCUCUAAAGGUCAGCAUGUAGCAACUAGCCGCUGUAGGUGCUCACAUGUCAUUCCCAGCGCUGUAGAAAAGCCUGUAAUGCUAGCUCCUCUCGCUGGUUGUUGGUGCUUGGGCUGUUUACUCCGCCACAGGUUGUAGUUGUGGUGUAAUGUUACUAACCUAGAGUUAGUAGUGGUAAUGAGAUGCUGUGCGAUCUAUUUUUGUGUCGUAAUUGUUAAAUAAUGUAGCGUUGGACUUGGGACUUUGCAGAAAAUGCAAAUCUAGGUUAGAUUUGCUCUGGCUUUUCGACGGAUGCAUGUAACCUGCUCAGUCUAGAUAUUCUAGAUUCUAGAGAUUCUAGAUCAGUCUAGAGAUUGUUAUAGGGUCAUGGGCACAAACUGUAGUACGGUUGCGGCGUUAUAGUCGAUUCGUAUAUUUUCGUACAGAUUUUAUCGUCCUAGGGUUGUUUGCGCGAGUUUUGAUGAUGCCUGUCGGUGAUGGCUUCGAGUGUACCUAUUUGAGUAGCUUACGAGCUCUUCCAUACGACAUGCUGUUUGUGUAGCUCAUGCUAUGGCACCGAAGUUUCUAAGAAGUGCAUUAAGGAGGCAUCAGUAUUGUAUGUAAAUGGUUAUGGAAGAUAAUAAAUAUAGCAAAGCUA